CAUCUCGAUUAUCUUCCGCAUAUCGAGAUAUUACCUAGCCAACUUAUUUAUUUAGUCUGCGCACCGAAAAAUUACGUAAGAAGCUGUAGGUUUAAAUUUCUCAGAUAUACUCGAGAUAUGUAAUAGGUGCACUGAAUUAUUAUUCAACAUAUACAAAGUUGAAUCGCGGACCAAGCCACACACAAACCCUAUAUGAGAAAUUUGUUAUCCCUUUAGCUCAAGAAGUAUAUAUAAUUUGUUCUUUGGUAGCGCUGUGUUGUAUUCACUAUGCCGCCGCGGCCGUCACCUACGCACUUCUUAUGCUUACCACUUGUUACGGGGCAAUCCCGCCACCAACUCUCGGCAAGUCUAUCAGCCUUUAGCAGAGAUGUGACAAGCCCAGACAGUUUCGCUGUGCCAGAGCAAGCUAUUCGACCAUUAGGUACACUUCACCUUACAAUUGGCGUUAUGAGCUUUCCAAGGGACGAUGGCUUAGAUAAGGCGGUGGCGCUCUUAAAGACACUGGUACCUAGGAAAAUAAUGGCGAACAUCACAAUGGCGAACAUCAACGGAGCUGAAACAGGACAAGAGCCAACUGGGCCGCUGUCCCCUUUACUAUCUGUAACGCUGAAAGGCUUACAUUCAAUGCAGCCAACAUCAUCUUUGGCAUCGGUGCUUUACGCUCCACCGGUCGAUACUGAAGGUACUCUAUUGCGAUUUUGCGAGAAUCUGCGAUCGACCUUUCAGGAAGCCGGACUGAUGGCAGAAGAAAAUCGACCCUUGCUACUACAUGCUACUAUUAUGAACACGAUAUACGUCAAGGGGAGAAAUCGCAAAGGUGGGAAGCGACAGGAGAAGCUGACAAUCGAUGCAAGGGACAUACUAGACCGCUAUGACGAUUACGUAUGGAUGAAGGAUGUCCCGGUAGAGAAAAUUGCGAUAUGUAAGAUGGGGGCGAAGAAGCAAGAAGACGGUGAUGAAGCGUACGAAAUUGAAGCGGAAAUUGAAUUAACUUGACGAUCAUGGGUUGCUUGAAAUCAAGCAUUUUGAAAAAUGCAUGUAUGUAAUGUUACAAGAAUUUAGAAAGUCGAGCUUCAUACAGCCCGGUAUAAGAAAGCUUGAUACCACGGGAUCAGAAGGAGCAUUAACUAGCCUUUGUACUACGGUAUUGUACUGACAGUCUACCCGAACUUAAGCCGUUACGCCAUCCACACAG